GAUCCGAAAUUUUCUAUCUUUUUUGUUUAUCAUCACAAAAAAGUUUGAUUCUUUGAUGAUCUUAAAAACUCUUACUUGGUCACUAUCUUCCUGAGAUUUUUUUAUUCUUUUUCCAAGCGAAUCUGAGUUUUGUUUUCAUGUCCGCGAGGAUUUCAUUUCUGAAAAAUCCCGAUCCGUGCAAUCACUUAUCUGAUUAUAAGCUUAGAUAUGGUACUGAUGGUUACAAAUCUUUCAAUAACUUGUUCAGAUGCUUCAACGAUGGAAGAAUUAAGAUCAAACUUCAAGGAAUCGACAUACCCAGAUGCAGUUAUUGUUCCGUUUAUCAAAAGAGACUCUACAUCUGUUUGAUCUGUCGUUCCAUUUCUUGUUCAAGUCAUAUCCUUUUGCAUACCCAAUUGAAUAAAGGCCAUGAUAUCGCCAUUGAUGUUGAAAGAUCUGAGCUUUAUUGCUGUGCUUGCAUCGAUCAAGUGUAUGAUUCUGAGUUCGACGAGGUUGUUGUGUCUAAGCAGCUUAUUGGUUUGGGUAUGUCUGUUAAAUCCGGGGCUGAUGUUGUUGCGGUUAGAUCGAACAAGAAGAGGAGAUUGGAUUCGCAAUUGAUUAUAGGGUCGAAGUUUUUGGUCUCUCCUCGAGAUCGAAGGGAGAAAUGGACGUUUCCUUUGGGGUUGAGAGGAUUGAACAAUUUGGGAAGCACUUGUUUUAUGAAUGCUGUGUUGCAAGCACUUGUUCAUGCUCCUCCUUUGAGAAACUUUUGGUUGAGUGGUCAGCAUAAUCGUGAUCUUUGUCCUAGAAGAACAAUGGGUUUGUUGUGUUUGCCUUGUGAUCUUGAUGUUAUCUUCUCUGCUAUGUUCUCUGGUGAUCGGACUCCUUAUAGCCCAGCUCAUUUGCUUUACAGUUGGUGGCAGCACUCAACGAAUCUAGCUACAUAUGAGCAGCAAGAUUCUCACGAGUUCUUCAUUUCGCUAUUGGACCGUAUCCAUGAGAACGAAGGAAAGUCGAAAUGUUUGUAUCAAGAUCAUGAGGAGUGUCAAUGUAUUACUCACAAGGCAUUCUCUGGUCUUUUAAGAUCAGAUGUCACCUGUACAACAUGCGGAUCCACAUCAACAACAUAUGACCCGUUUAUCGACAUUUCACUUACUUUAGAUUCAGUGAAUGGAUUCUCUCCCGCCGAUUGCAGAAAGAACAGAUACAGUGGUGGACCAAGUGUGAACGCAACCAUGCCAACUCUCUCGGGUUGCUUAGAUUUCUUCACACGGUCAGAGAAACUCGGUCCGGACCAGAAACUAAACUGCCAAAGCUGUGGAGAAAAGAGAGAAUCUUCGAAACAAAUGUCAAUAAGAAGACUUCCUCUGCUUCUUUGCUUGCACGUGAAGCGUUUCGAACAUUCUCUUACCCGAAAAACCUCGAGAAAAAUUGAUAGCUACUUGCAGUAUCCAUUUCGCCUAAACAUGUCUCCUUACCUCUCUUCCUCCAUCAUCGGAAAGCGGUUUGGGAACAGAAUAUUUGCAUUUGAUGGAGAAGGUGAGUAUGACAGCUCAUCAUCAUCAUCCCCAUCAGCGGAAUUUGAGAUAUUUGCGGUUGUAACUCACUCGGGGAUGUUGGAAUCAGGUCACUAUGUGACAUAUCUGAGGCUUAAAGGGUUGUGGUAUAGAUGUGAUGAUGCAUGGAUCAAUGAGGUUGAAGAAGAAGUGGUGAGAGGAUGUGAAUGUUACAUGUUGUUCUAUGCACAAGAAAGAGUGAUUCAAAAAGCUCAUAAGGAGUUGAGUUAUCAAGUUAUCUCCAUGGCUGAUGCAUUUCCCUUUGCUGAUUGCUGACUCUUAACUUGGCCAAAGAUUUUGACGCAUUUUCCCUUAAUACUUUUUUUUAUUCAUUUAAGGUUUAUGCCAAAUAUUUGAAAGCCAAGUUUAAUGAUUAAAAUUUCUUCUUCACU